AUGGGUGCCGACCACAAAACUCCGCCGCUACCUGCGCCCACAGAAACAGAUAGUACAACAGGAGCCAAUGAAUUCGACUCACGACUCACACAAAAGACCUCGUAUAGUUUACCCGAAGACGGUACUCCCAUCACGAUCGCGACCCGGCGCACGAGAACAGAUAAGGAUGGCUAUACACUCGGCUCAAAUAAGUCUCAGACGUCUCUUUUAAUAGAGUACUUCGAGGGCGGGAAGGGGAAUGAAAUUGAAACUCGUAGACCUUCGGUCAGAGUGAAGGUCACUCCAUCAUCAAAGAUUCGUGGAAGAUCUUCUAGUGAUCAUAUUCAAAUAAGUGAAAGAAAGGGUACGCCCGACCGGCUCUUAGAGGGUGACCGAGAUGACCAGAGCGUCGGCUCAUCGCGUUCUGCCACUGAGGAAUCUAAUGUGACUUCCAGAGGAGGAGGUCCUAUUGAGGUGGAGAUUAGACCUAGGCGCCACGGGAGUCCUUUAAUUCCCGCUGCCGUUAGAGGUCCCAGGAAUCCUCAGAUCAAUCUCUCAGAAAUAUCUUCAGUUCCAGAUAACAGUUUUCUCGAUGGCAAGUCACGAUUCUCAGAUCAUAAACGCUCUCAAAGCUUCGCUACAGGCGACGCAUCGGUUCUUGGGGCAGCGACUGGUGCUCUCUCUAGCAUGUCACAAAAUACUGCCAAGACACCGACACGAAGACGGAGUCGCAGUCUCAGUAGAGAGCGAAUAGUUGUCCAAAAAGUUGUGCAAAAAGUCCGGAAUGAGAAAUCGGAGCAACGUAGACGCAAACAUAGUAGCCGCAGCCGCAGUGUUAGCUCUGAACUCAUGCCUGAAACUGUUAAAACUUCAAAGAGACAUUCAGGUCGACAGAAUCAUGACGACUUAUUGGUUUCAGGAGCUGACUCUAGCCUUCUUAACUCACAUCUUGGAGGAAGGUCUGGUGACGGCUUUUCUUAUCGGUCUGCCACUUCGAAGUCGUCUAUUAACAAUCCUAAGCUACUUGAAACGGUUGAGGAUGCCAUCCGGAGACUAAUCCUACCGGAGCUAACCGCACUGAAGCGAGAACAGAGUAAAAAUAUACAUCGCCAUCGUCGAGGCUCAAUUACAUCUGGCAGCGGGCUCUCAAAGGAUUCGAGGGAUGCUGCUUCAGGCGAAAACAAGCGAGAAAAUGGAUCUCAAGCUGAUACAUCGGCCCUCAAUCCGGUGAUUAUAAAUGAUAAAGAUGCUCAUAUGCUGAAAUCUACUCGCGGUAACUUUCAUGAUGAAAUUCAUACAGGUGCCGCAGAUAUCCAUAACAUCCACGUAGCUCAAUCCGACACUAGUAAAGAAGAUGCCUAUUUUCGCGAUUUAAAGGACGGUCAUAAUGCUACCCGCAGAGAGGAACCAUUAAAUACGGUGCCGCGUAACGAAAUAAAAAAAGUUACUCAAGAACCAGAGGAUCGUAUAGUUCAGGACGGCUUACACGAGUCGCAUAAAACUAAUCGUAAUAAAAGCUACAGUGUGUUUCAACCUUAUCAGGAAUCAUACGAGAAAGAUCCAAAAAUGCCGAUCGUUAAUGACCUUAACGUGUCUGAGAUCACGCGAAGUUCAAUACUCUCAUCGAAAUCGAAUUCGCAUUUGGCAGAAAAUCGAGAUGUUAUCUCACCACUCCGACAAGUUCUACGAGGUAUUGCCUCACCAAGCGCGAGCUCUCAUCAAAAAUUACAACAAGGCUUAGAAACCCAACACUCUAACCACUCAAGGGGAAAUCUAAGUCAGCAUUCUGAACAAACUGAAACUCAAUUUUCUUCCAAUCUAGAAUAUGAAUUCGAUGAGCAUGGAAGAAAAGUAUCGGCCACUUCAUCUUUUCCUGGCUCGGUAAAUGGCGGUUCACAACUUGAAUUAGGACAAUCCGAGAGACAUAAAAAAUCUCCCACACCAAGCCAAACAAACAUAGGAACGAAUCCUACUCCUAUUCGCGGACGAGGCAUUGAUUCAGCUCAAGAAAAGAAGGCACAGUAUUUCUAUCAGAAUAUACAGGAAGUUCCUCCUCCUCUUCGGUACAUUCCUUAUGCCCAAGAACGACGCGGACUAAGCCCUAUACCUAGUGUGUCUGGCUGGACAGACGGCGAUGUAGAGAAUUAUCGAGAUUCUCGCAUGACUCGCAGCACUGGCUCUUACUCAUCAAUGGGUCGAUCUGCAAUGCAUAGGCAGUCUGUGAUUUCCGUCAACUCUCAUGAAUCUAAUUCACCUCGGAGAAAAUCUCGAGAUGCAACUGAACUUCUCCAAGGAGAUCUCUCUGAUUCUGAGGUAACACAAGACCUUCAAUAUUGGGAGGAACAGCACGAGGAAAAUAACCGCAAUCGAAACAUGAGCGAUGAAGGUUUCCAAGUGACCCAUUCGAAUCUGCAAUCUCAUAGCUUGCAAAAUAUAAUGGAAAAUGAGCCAAAAAAUCGAGGUUCUAACGAAAAAAUUACACAAAAUAAUCAAAUAAGGCUUGAUUCUAUCCACAAAGCAGCCGAGGUUGAUUCCAGAGUGGCCUCCUUAGUUAAUGGUUCUGAAUUAACAACUACUUCUGGAAAUAAUCUAGAAUACGAACACAACAAUCUGCAUCCUCUCACUCAGUCGACACUUACAAACCAGAGGGAAAAGGAUAAGACAGGCGGAAAUGACGUCCACGAUGAGCCCAAAUGGAGCACCGAAAACAAAACCAUUUCAAAACUUGACAAGACAGAAGCAGAGGAAGAUGACGAAAGACGUAACAUUAUUCCAGAACAUCUCAAUCUUCGGAUACAAAAUCAGGAUGAGAACUCAUGCACCUCUGCCUCGGAUGUGAGUAUUCGCGACGAGAAAUCGACGAAAAAUCAAGCUCUCAAACAAAUCAGAUCAAAUCCAUCAAUAGACCAUGCUUCGAGUAAUUCUAUUCAGCAACUAUCGAAACAAAGAGACAAUGAAGAUACCGUUUGGGAAGCUCCGAAAAUGACAUCCAGUGGAGUUCCAGACUUGAACGAUCCCAUGCCUGAGAUAGGUUUCGGCGACGCAGAAUCUGAUCUACUAACAAAUCCCUCUGACAUAGCUUACACUGAAAAAAGAGGACAGAAGCCUCUGGAAAAUUACCCGCAAAUUUUUCAAGGUGAAAAUAAUGAUAACAUGGAAAAAUUAGAUCCCUAUCAAAAAGAAGUUUCAAAUAAUCGGGCUGAAGACGUAGUCAAUAUCAGAAAAUCAGAUGUAACGAGCCAUCAGAUCCAAGGGACUGAUCAUGAAAAUGAAGGGAUUUGGCAAAGAAAUUCGAAUGAAAGGAGACGAGACACGCUCAUUACGAACCCAUACGAGAAUACAAGUCCUGUACCAGCAGUGGAUACACUUGACCACGAUCUAUCGGAUUUCCAGGCUAUUGACGAGAGCUUUCUACCCAGCAAAUUAUCAUUUCCAGCACGAGGUAUUAAUUCGCCUCGAGAUGAAGGCUACGUUUCCUCUGUUCCGAAUAAAAUUUCCCAGGGCAUGAAAACCUCUGAGUCACUCUCUAAAGAAUUAGUUAAUUCAGGCGAAAUAAAUCGCGACCCAUUCUAUACACACAAACUUGAGAGACACCUAAGCGACCUUUCCAAUGGCAUGGGCUCUCCAAUGUACGAUAGUGCGACGGGUAAUGGAAUUGAUCGGAUCGAAUCUAGGGAUAUUGUUGCUCUGAUGGAUCAUCUUACGGUUCGUGAUGCACAAAGAAGUGCUCGGGAUACUGAAAUUCUUGUGACUCUUGUCCGGGCCGCAGCAGAGAUGAGAAACUCAUUUGAGGAUAUGAAACGCCUUCUUGCCGAUACUGAGGAUGUAAUUAUAACAGAGGUUCAAGCUAAUACCGAAAAGUCUGUACAAAAAGUCAUCAAUGGUCCUAGACCUCUUCCUCAGAGCGGACCCAAAUCGCUCAAACAAAUAUCACGAAACGAUAUUUUUGAUGAUAUACCUGCCAAGAAGCGCAAUGUAUUUAGGCGCGCUCUCAAAGGACUCAGUAUGAAGAGUGCAAACGACCUUGGAAAAAUUGAAGAAAUGUUAGUGCAACUUUUAGGGGAAGUUGAAGGCCUCAAGGUAGCUCAAGGCCUUAAGCCCAUGGGUCAACAUACAGACCCUUACGAUCAACCUACCCGAGAGGGAUUCAGAAAAGAAGGUAACACGUUUGAGCCGGAACGAAACAACGCUACGCCCAAUACCAACUAUGCGAAUCAUUCAGGCACUGUUCCACACGAACAACUCCACAAAAUGAGCGAGCAUAAAUUUUCAGAUCAGCGGGUCAGCACAGUUCCUGAAAGAGUUGAAUCAGAAGCAGAGGCCGAAGGCAAACUGCCGUCACCUCAUCGGCCUUCCACUGAAAACCGUCCGCAAACACCUCUUCAAGAUGCUACGUGGCGUGAAUCCGUUCCCCUCGAAACCCCUCCUUCCCCAGCCGUUGCUUUUGCUACUCAGAGCCCUCAGAAUAUAACAGCACCUUCGGCUGACAAGUGUAAGAAGCAUAAAUCGAGUGGCUCCUCUGGUUGGAUACCUAAAAUGUCUCGCUGGUCAGAGACUACGGCAUCCUCUGUAUUUCGAGGUUUUCGAAGCAGCGGGCGCACCAGUGGAAGAAAAGGGAUAGAGGCAUCACCACCAUCGAGAUCUGGUUCAGACCUUGUCGAUUAUGACGAAAACGACCCCUACAAUGCUGACAAGAUACUUUCCCGCUACCCGCAUGACUUGAACCGUCACUAUGAUGCAAUUGAGCCUCCAAUGUCCCUUGUACCUCCGGAGGAUCCUAAAUUUAAAGCUCACCGCGACUCUUUAAACCUUCAACAUCCUCAGCCACGUCAAGGACCAACUGAUCGAUACCAAACAGCCUUAGAAUCUCAGGCUGACAACUUUGGUACAAUGUCGAGAAAGUCCACGGAAUGUAAUUCACCAGCUGGUUUUCGCCGUACUCCAGUUCCGCAAAAUAACCGACAUUCUGGAAUUAGGUCUCCGAUGUCCGAUUCAAGUAUCCCAAAAAGUUCUUGCUGCAACCAACCACCACCUCGACCUCCUAAGGAACCCUUCGAUCUUGAAAGACCACCAAAGAGUCGCAAUAAGAAUAGAACCCCAGCUCAAGAAUCAGUAACAAAUGAUCCAUGUGAUCGCCCUCGCUCAGCCGCCCGAAGCUUAUGUGCUUUUCAGUGCAUUCCUACGAGAAGGCUGACAGGACCCCGGACAAUGAGUGGUCCAUCAUCACAUUAUGAUACUUGUAGCCAAAGUCCAGGAAAUGAAACACCUCGGCGAAAUAGAAACAGAGACACAUUCGGGUCAAGGAUGAGCUACCACAACGAUGAAUGCGACGCUAACUAG